GCAACCGAGGAGGAGUGGAAAAAGUAUAGUGAAGACGGGUACUUCUGGUCAUAUAGAGGAAAAUUCUCAGGAUCAGGAAAAGUCUUGUGGCACCCGACGCCUCUCGUUGGUGUCCCGACCCCUCGUUCUAUGAAACACAACCAGACCGGCUAUUCAGAGGAACGAACAUACGGGUGGCUUGCUAUGAGGCAACCUCCUUGGGUUCAUCGUAAACCCUCGUGGAUGCCCAAGAAACCUCAGAUCCUCAACGGCCGACUAUUGCCAAUGGAUGACCAGGUCAACAUUGACGUCACCGAGAAAGUGGUGAAAGGACAAGCAUUCAGUAUCUUAUGGGACGCACGGUGGCUUCUCGAAUUUUCUGAGG